UCAAUUUAGUUGACAUUUUUGAUUUUUAGUUCGGAUACAAAAUAUGGAUUUGUAAAUUUUAUUUUAAUGGCUUCAUCAGUGCAGAAUAAUAGGGUUUCUCCUUCUAGCUAUUGUGCAUGUUGUCGAACGUGCAAUAUGUGGUGCUGGAGGGCAUUAAAAUGGCUUCCAGUACUGUUGAUAGUUUCUAUUGUGACAUGGUCCUAUUAUGCAUACGUUCUCCAGUUAUGCAUUUUUACAAUUGAGAGUACAGUGCAACAAUGUGUCUAUCUCGUGCUUUACCACAUUUUAUUUAUAAUGUUCGCUUGGUCGUAUUGGCGAACAAUUUUCGCUAACAUCAAAUCAAUUCCUGAUAAGUAUAAGUUACCUGAAGAGGAAUUAGAAAAGUUGUUAAGUGCAGAUACAGAAGAAGCACAGCGUACAGUUUUGGAGAAUUAUGCUAAAGAUCUUCCAAUAGUCACUAGAACAAUGUCGGGGUCAGUGCGGUAUUGCAACCGUUGUGUUCUUGUGAAGCCGGACCGUGCCCACCACUGCAGUAUAUGUGCUAGAUGUGUACUAAAGAUGGAUCACCAUUGUCCAUGGGUGAACAAUUGUGUCUGUUUCCACAACUACAAGUUCUUCAUGCUAUUCCUUGGAUAUGCAUUGCUGUAUUGUAUAUUCAUUAUGUCAACAUGCUUGCCCUAUUUCAUCAGGUUUUGGAAGAUGUAUCAGGAAUACAAGCAUGCUCACUGCGAUCGUUUUAUUGACAACGGUUCAUAUACUAAACAAUGCAUGGAUAUUCUUAAUGGUGAUUUUGGUGCAGCUGGCAGUUCUGGUCGUUACCACAUAGUGUUCGCAUUCUUCGUGGCUCUCAUGUUUGCGGUGUCACUUGGUUCGCUCUUCGGCUACCAUUGCUACCUUGUAUCGCAUAAUAGAACUACCUUAGAUAUGCUUGUGUCAUACAACCAGUCAGGCAGUCCGACCGGACAGAUAGUUAACUCUAUGCUAUUAAAUAUGUUUAAUGAAGCGUUCCGUGCACCAAUGUUCCGUGGUGGAGCCGACAAGAACGGAUUUUCGAUUGGGGCCUACAAAAAUUUCAAAGAGGUGUUUGGUAACAGUCCAAACCUCUGGUUCCUGCCUGUGUUUACGAGCCUGGGUGACGGCUGCGAAUACCCGGUGCGGCGCGAGCACCAGCUACAAACUUUCACGACUGCGCCGGACGGGCUCGGGUACGAAUCUAUGGGCACCACGCGCUCAAGCUUCGGCGAUGGAAUCGUCUACCCGGUACCUCAACAAGAUGAAGACACGGAAUCGCUUCUGAGCUCAGAAAGAUGGGACCGUUGGGGCGAGAGGGCGCGGCCUUUCGACGAACGAGAGAGUUCCUCAUACGACGAACUCUGAGUAGCGGGCUGGUCACGAUUACGAAAUGCAGGCUUAGUGUAUUAUGUGUAGGCUUUUAAGAAUUAUGGAUUUAUUAGUUAUUCAGAAACCGAAAAAUGUCAUAAUUGGGUAGUUUACAACCUAAGUUUUUGUGGUGUCAUGCUUUAGGCAUCGAAAAGUAUCUUGUUGAUGUAUAGCACGUAUAAGUGCAAAUCUCAGUUAAUAUGAUCGUUUUAUAUAGAUUCUUAAAAACAUUAUCUCUUUUGAAAAUACACUAUAUUUAAGUAUUCGCUGCGAUACUUACACUUUAUGCAUUGCAGUUUACACGUCUUAAAUGGAAUUUCUUUAAUAAAAUAGAUGUUUAACUGGAUUUGUUUUAACCUUAUGACCAAACCAACUGUUGUGUUUAUAGUGACAAUUUUCAGUUUGAUAUUGCAUGGUGAUUUAAUGUGAAAUUUAUUGAUGUUAAGAAGCGGCAACACAUUCUACGUACUUACUUUUAUUAGGCUUUAGCCAUAGUUGUAUAUUGCCUGCUAUGUAACGUGACCAUUUAUUAAAAGUGUAUAGAACGGUGCUGAUCCUUAAGUAAAAUUAUAAAAACAUAAUAUAUUAUUAAAAUUAAAUCUAAUCGUCGAAAUUGUCUAGACGCUUCGGAUAUAUCCUCAACAUUAAAUUUUUAAUCAACGUGUAUAUAAAGUUACUAUUUAAAAAAGUUUUAACUCGUCAAUAUCACAAUAAAUGUAUAAAAUUCAUUUGUACGGUCACUGUAGGUUGUUCUGAUGAGUACAACAGAUCAAUGUAAGGUUUACUAAGUUAGAAUAAAUACCAAAAUUAUUAAUGUUAAUCCAGGAGCCCAUUUAAGUGUAGUAAAAUGUAUACCUUUAAAAUAAAUUGAUAUUGGAUUCGCGAUUCGAUCACGUGUACCGUGUGAGUCGCUGCCAAGAUUGCCCCGAAAAUCAAGUUACCUUGAUUGGUUGUAAAUAGUGCUUCUGAUUGAAAAGGAGACUGCUCUAAAUAGUAGUUAUAAAUUGAGUUAAUUUUAUGAAAUUCCAGCCAGAAUUUUGUUAAAGUUUAUAUAUUACAUUCCAUUGUUAAUCUGAUUUAUAUGUUUAUAAUUUAUAGUACAUCCUUGCGGUGCGUUGUAAGUUUGUUGUUUUAAAGAAUAAACAUAGUAAGCGAUUUUAUAUUGUAAAUGUACAUGUCUAUGAAUUGUUAGACUAAGGAAGGGAAAUAUUUAGACUUUAAGAUUUUUAUUUCCCUCAUUUAACGAACGUAUUAGGCUGAUAGUUUAUCUUUAAAUGAACAAUUACUUAAGCCUAGUCAUUAUGUAAGUAGCUAAAUGUAUGUAUGGUAUAUGACAUUAAUGUAAAUUGUAUAAUUUGUCCGAUACAUUAUUUCAUAUUUUAAUACCUAUAUGUUCAUGAAUUGUUUAUAAGGAGAAAUUCAAGCUAGAUUAUAUGAUAUAUUAAGUCACAAUGAAUUUUAUUUCGAGGCUCUACGUAAAUAUGUACGCUCUAUGCUGUUUAUACAAUUACAUAUUUAAAUUGUCUAGAUUAUAUAAAUAUUAUUCCCUUGUUUUUUAGUAUGAGUUGUUAUACAAAUAGUAUCAUUACGUUUUGGUUUUGGUAAUUAUUAAUUUUAUCACCAUUGAUAAGACAUUCGGCGAACGAAGUGAAUGUGUCGUGAAAUACUUAGAAUUCAGGCUUUACUAUCUCAAUUUUUUCCUCAUUCGAAGUAUUCGUUUUUAUUAGUUGACGUUGAAAUAGUUAUAAGAUCAUGCAUUUUUGUUUUAACAUGUAAUUAUGUAAAGUGAGAUUAAACGUGUGUUAUGGUGAUUUUGUA